AUGGUUCUACUGACGAUUACGGCCAACUGCGUCGUCCUUGCAAUGGAGCGUCAUUUUCCAAUGAAUGACAAAUCACGCCUAACGGAAGCACUGGAACAAUCAGAGAAGUACUUCUUGGGAAUCUUCUGUGUGGAGGCUCUACUGAAAAUAACUGCACUCGGUUUCGUCCUUAACGAAGGGGCCUAUCUGCGGAGCAUUUGGAACAUUCUGGACUUUAUUGUUGUCGUGACUGGACUGCUCGCUUACAUCCUCCCCAACCUCAACCAACCGGCCCUUCGUGCACUGAGAGUCCUGCGGCCUUUAAAACUGGUAACAGGAUUUGAAAGUCUUCAGAUCGUGCUGAAAUCGAUAAUCAGAGCAAUGGCACCCCUGCUGCAAAUUGGCCUAUUGCUGCUCUUUGCCAUCACAAUAUUUGCGAUCAUUGGACUGGAAUUUUAUUCCGGUGGUUUCCACAUGACCUGCUUCGACGAAAGUAAGUAUUUCUGA